AAAAAGGGGUUGGAGCUCUUUCUGACACGUGACCAUGGUUCUUUAAUUUCAUUGGCUAAACUGAGGGCGUCACGAACAUCCACCGGCCAAUCAGGACGAAGAACUCCAGCGCCAAAGUCAAAUCAGUUUGAAGGUUUAGAGUUUGAAAGCAGCGGCGUGAGAGCAGGCGUGAGUUCAAUACAAACACACUGUUGGGGUUAUUGUACAGUUUUCAAGGCGAUUCUCAUCAAAUAUUACAUUGACGAAUCUUCAGGAGUCAAGGUGAUCGUUUAACCCUGCGGACGCAGUGUGAGGCAGUGACUGUGACAAAAAAGAUGGACACGGCGGUAAAAAAGAGUAAUAAAGAAAACUCCAAACCGGAGGUUGGUCCAAAAACAACAGUUAUAAUAUCAAAGCAGAAGCUGACAAGACCUGAGCCGCUGAGGGCCAAAAACGACCCGAGGGCAGAACCCGCAGGAGACAAGGUACAGGUCAAACCGUCAAAACCAGCCAAGAGCAGUGCUCCUGAUGCCACACAGAGGAAAACUCUGAGUCAGACCUUCCGCACCGAACAAACCCUGAGACACAGGAAACUGGUGCUGGAAACCCAAAAGCCUCCUUCGUCUGUUCCUCCUAAACCUGCCCUUCCCGGUACCUACAAGGGCCGAGUGGUACAGUCCAAAAUAGACUGCUUCAGGAAGCCGUCGAGCGGCCAUGUGACGAAACCCAGCGAGAACAAGUCUAGAGCUGAGACAGCGGGUCGGGCCAAACCCGCCACGACGCUGUACGCUUCCUCGAGAGCAGGAAUCCGGUCUGGUGUAGAGAGCAGAACGAAGUCAGGGCCAGAUGCCCAAGGAAACGUGCAGCAGACGCUUCCUCAGACACGGAUACAGAACAAACCUCCAGCUAGGACAGCUACUGUCUCCACCAAACCGUCUACUGUCUCCACCAAACCGUCUACUGUCUCCACCAAACCGUCUACUGUCUCCACCAAACCGUCUACUGUCUCUAGGAAACCAGUAACUAUGUCAGCAAGACCACCGACAGUGACCUCAUUCAUCAAAAAGAAGGAACCAUCAACGAUGUCAGCAAGACCACCAAGAGUAACUUCAUUCAUCAAGAAGAAGGAACCAUCAACGGGGUCAGCAAGACCAGGGACAGUCACAUCAUUUAUCAAGAAGAAGGAACCAUCAAAACCUGCAGCUGUUAGUGAGCAAAAGCCACAGAAGUCUGUCACGAACGGCAUCAGCCAGUACCGAGUCCGUGUGGAGUCAGCCGAGGAGAGACGGGCGAGGUUGGCAGAAUGGCUGGCCUCAAAAGGGAAAUCCCUGAAAAGGCCGGCGAUGACGGAAAAGUCUGUGUCUCAGAGCAGUAAGCCUCAGCUCGCUGAUUGUGGAGAGGAGGCUCAGGCCAAGGCGAGGGAACGAGUGGAAACGGAGACGGUCAGAGACACUAAACAGAUCGAAGUUCCAAAGGGGAAAGCCGCGUUCUCCAGCAGUCCGAGUCACAUCCUCAACAUCACGCUGGACCUGCUGGACAACUCGGACACGGAGCUGUCUGCAGAGCCCGAGAUCAGGAUGGAAUCGCUAGUGAUGAACCUGUGUGAGCGAUUAGAGGCGAUGGAAACUCCAUCCUCAUGCAAGAGCCACGUGACGGCGGCAGGAAACGGCGAGGUGAAGGUAGAAGAAGAAACGCGUGAGUACGAGAUCCUGGAGGAGGAAGAAAUAAAGGACGCUUCUGGAGUGGAGAAGAAAGAGGUGAAGCAGGAGGAAGAGGAGGAUGAAGAGGAAGAAAAGAAAAAGUUGAAGCAUGAGGCAGAGGAAAAGAAGUUGUGGUUUGAGAACGAUGAUGAUGAGGAGGAGGAGAUGGACUCCACGGCUGCAGAUGUUAUGGAUGCGUGUGUUGUGAAGUACAGCGUAAAAACCACACCGUUUCUGCAGAGUGUGAAGAAGAGGAUGGAGGGAGAAAUGGCUCCAGGGACUCCAGGCUCUCGCUGUAAAAAUUCCAUUAAAGAGCUGAAGUUCCUGACACCGGUGCGCCGCUCGUCCCGGAUCCACAGGAACUCGUCUCGUCUGCCGGGGAUGCUGAACGAACACGACCCCUGCGUGUCCUCUCUGGCUGAGCUGGAGGUGCUGGACGGCGACGACUCCAACGCCUACAUCUACAGGAAGAACCCUGCGCUCCUGCAGCACCUCCCCGACCAGCAUCCCGAGUCCCAGAGCUCUGAGUAAUGCUGAGAAACCUGGACACUUUAACCUUUAAUAUGUAAACGUUAAAUGUUGCAGAAAUUACAGUGGGUUGAUUUGAAUAUGUAAAUAUGUGAGUUUCUAUUGGUUCACUUAAACACAUACACAAACACACACAGCAGAAAAGCGAAUGUUUAAAUAUAAAAAUAUGAAAGUUAAUGCUACACUAACAGGUUUAACAAUGUUUUUUUUUGUACAAACUGAAAAUGUAAUUUAAUGUUCGUUUUACUCGACCAUGCUAAAAAAAAAAAAACUCAAUUGAAAACUUAAAACAGACAAAGUGGUGAAGGCUUGCAAUGUAUAAACAUAUUUUAGAUGCAUAAAGUUUUACUUUACACUAAAGAACCACUGAACCCAAAAGGAAGGUUAAAAUGUUGAAAAAACACAAGUUUCCUGUAUUGAAAAUAGUGUUUAUAGAUGUACUGGAUUAGAGGAAUGAUUUGAAGAAAGGGGUGCAGAUAUUUUACUCUGAAAGUUAACUUCUUCAUUCUACUAAAUGCUUGUAACAUUAUAACCUAUUUAACAGUAUGUGUGAUUGACAGGUGUGUAACCUAGCAACACAAGCUGCUCUAUGGUCUAACUACCUGCCAUGGGAAAUGUGCUAUAUUUUAAUACUCUAAUGUGCAUCUGUACUUUUAUCUUGCAUCGUCAGCUCACUGCAGAUGUGACUAAUGCUGUUGAUGUGCGCCAGCUGCCCUAAACACAUUACCUUUCCUAAAACUUUCUUUAACUCAGACUCAAUUAAUCACCUUUAAUUUUCAUCAGUUAAUCAUCAUAUCGUAUUGAUCCAUAACUGCUGCUGUUUCUGCAGGCCUGUUUCUUUUUCCUGUAUAUAUUUAUCCAGUGUUACAGAAAUAAACUCCGCUUUCUUUUAAAUGAAA